AUGGCGUGCCAAGACCAUUCCCCAGUCGAGUUCGUUACGCCCAUGUGCGAUACCCCAUGUUGCCUCAUCACCAACCCCAACCACGCCCACCCACCCGUUCUUCCGAUCGCCCAUCUCGAAGCCUCAUCUUCAACCACACAUACACCGCCGUCGCCAAAAGCUCUCUUCGUAAAGAACUUGAGUUUCAACGUCACGCCAGAGGAACUCUUUGAUCUCUUUGGCAAGUUCGGCCCGGUACGCCAAAUCCGCCAGGGCAUCGCCAACAAUACCAAGGGCACAGCCUUUGUUGUCUAUGAAGACGUAAUGGACGCAAAGUCGGCUUGCGACAAGCUCAACGGCUUCAACUUUCAAAAUCGAUAUCUCGUCGUACUAUAUCACCAGCCAGAUAAGAUGCUCAAAGCAGCGAAUGACCUCGCAGAACGCCAGGAAAACUUGGAAAAGCUCAAGAGACAGCAUGGCAUUGAUUAG